AUGUUGAUGGACAGGUUUAACCAACAGCGGCUUCGCAAAAGCGGUGGUAGCUCAGUCUGUCCUGGCUCGCCCGUGGGACGGCACCAGCCGCCGCGUCCUCCAACGGCCGCCAACAGCAUCUCGGCCACCUCCACAUCGACGCUGCUCACCGCUAGUUCAUCGUCCGAACGUACCCGCAACUUUUCCACAGACACCAGGCCGCGCACGCCGCCCUCGACGAGACCAUCGAUGCAGUCAGGCGAACAAGACGAGUACCCCGAGGAUCACCCGAGUCCGACGUCCGAUGAAGUGAACGAGGCCGUCUGGGCGGGAGGGUCCGACUCUGACGACGGGUCGGACAGCGAUCCGACGCCCGGUCAGAGUCUCCGGGCGGUCACACACAGCGGUUCCAGCAAAUCAAAGAUUAAGACUAGCAAGACAUCCAUCUUCCAAUCCAUCUUCAACAAGUUUGCCAAGACUGGCAAACGCUUCGGCUUCGUGCCGAACAGCAAGGAAGAACAAGAUAGAAAUGUCCUCCAACACCAGAUCAUUGCCGAACUCUUCGACGGCAGACUCCACUUGGCCCCAGUCGUCAAGGCCAGGGCCGCACUCGAUGUUGGCACUGGGCCAGGGCUAUGGGCCUUAGUACCCAAGAAGAAUCCAAACUGUGCCGUGAUGGGCAUCGAUAUUGAGAAAGUGCGCCCGCCAUAUAAUGUGUCCAACUGUCAGUUCAAGGUCAUGGAUGCGACUGCCGACUGGAACCUCAACAAACAGUUUGACUUCAUCCAUGUCCGUAUGCUCGGCGAUAUUAUCGAAAAGGAAAAGUUCGUUCAGUCCAUCUACAGCCACCUCAAUCCUGGGGGCUGGGUCGAGUUCAGCGAAUGGAUCGCCAUUCUGGUGUCCCCGGAUCACUCGCUGGAGGGAACAGCAUUUCACAAGUGGAACAUGCUCCUUCAACAGGGUCUUCAAAACAUGGGCCGAUCCAUGCACUACGUCUCGCAAUAUCAGCCCGUCUUAGAAAAGGCUGGAUUCGAGAGGAUGAAGUUGACAAAGCACGCCGCCCCUACCAACGCGUGCUACCCGGGUAAGAAAUGUCAGCGAUUUGGGACGAUGAUGUCCAAUAACUGGAAUGCCAUCAUCGAGCCGUUAAGCGUGCCGGUUUUCACUAUUGGUCUAGGCUGGUCCGAGGCCCAGGUUCUUGCAUUGGUGAAGAAGGUCCGCAAGGAGAUUGACGAUACGAAUUACCAUUCGUUCAUGACGCUGCUUACUAUUUACUGCCGGAAGCCACGUAGCGGGGCAUCUUCGUCCGCAUCAUUGGCGAGCUCCUCUCGCUCGGCAGCGCAAAUGUCGGUGUCCAACGUCAGUUCACAAGGGUAA